CAAAGAGAGAAAGAAAUCUGGAUACACACUGACCUGGGGGAAAUGACCGUGAAUCUACCGACCUGCUGAGGAUCCGGAGUUCCUGAGUAAAUGGACGACCUGUCAGCUCCACAAUGCUGACCCUCUGGAAAGUCACUCCUGUGUUUUGAUGCAGCCGUCCCCGCGGUGCUUUGUGCUCCAUCAGGACCUUGAACAGCCACGCACACAAGAACUAGUGUUCAGCCCCAUCCCUUUUACAGUAGACCUGGCAGACCUCUAAUCUCUAAAAGAUUGAUGAGCUCCUGCCCGAGUGCAGGAGGCCUGGCCCGCCGUCGAUAAGCCACUUUUAUGUCACCACAUUUUAUCCCUUGCUGCUUUCUUCUCGUCCACCUUCGCUGCACAUUGGGGGACAUGGGGGCUGGCUUUGAAGUGUGAGAGACGAUGACGACAUCCCAAAGCCUGUGGGCGAGAAGGACUUUGAUUGUAUCGCAAGGACCAUGAGAUACCCCCAGAAAACAAGCUCUGGUUUCUGCCACCACUCCGAUAUCGCCGCUGAGCAGGACGCCAGGGUCGGCAUGUCACUGUCGAACUGCUGGAGCGGGAAAUUAGUGAAACUACAGACGGCAGAAACACACAGCUGAGGGGAGUUGGGCACUUAUCACACACACACACACGCACACACGCACUCAAAGAGAGGCUCACACAGGACAAUGUGCAACAUCUCCUUCUGUGAUGUGGACAGUAAGGUGGACCAGUUCUUCCAGCCCACGCUCUACAUCAUAGUCAUCGUUCUGGGGCUGCCCACCAACUGCAUGGCCCUGUGGGCUGCCUACAUGCAGGUUCGCCAACGCAACGAGCUGGGCAUCUACCUGAUCAACCUGUCGGUGGCCGACCUCCUCUACAUCACCACCCUGCCCCUGUGGAUCGACUACUUCCUGCAGCACGAUGACUGGAUCCACGGUCAGGAGAGCUGCAAGCUGUUCGGCUUCAUCUUCUACACCAACAUCUACGUCAGCAUUGCCUUCCUGUGCUGCAUAUCGCUGGACAGGUACCUGGCGGUGGCGUACCCCCUUCGCUUCAUUAAGGUUCGACGAAUCAAAACAGCCGUCCUGGUCAGCGUCAUGGUGUGGAUCAUCGAGAUCGUCGCCAACUCGGCUCCCCUCUUCCACGACGAGCUCUUCCAGGAUCGCUUCAACCACACUUUCUGCUUCGAGAAGUACCCCAUGCAGGACUGGGUGGCGGGGAUGAACCUCUACAGGACAUUUCUUGGGUUCCUCGCGCCGUGGACCGCCAUGCUGGUCGCCUACAGAGGGAUCCUCGCCGCCGUGCGGUGCAACGUCUCGACGGAGCGGCAGGAAAAAGCCAAAAUCCAGCGGCUGGCUUUGAGUCUGAUCCUGAUCGUCCUGCUCUGCUUCGGACCGUACCACGUCCUCCUCCUGGUGCGGAGCAUUAUGUUCAUCAGGAAGCCGUGUGACUGUGGCUCGGAGGAGACCCUGUUCGCUGCGUACCACGUGUCGCUGGCGCUGACCAGCCUGAACUGCGUGGCCGACCCCAUCUUGUACUGUUUCGUCAACGAGGGCGCGAGGCACGACGUGGGCCGAGCCCUCUCCGCCAUGAUGUCUGCAACCUGCUACAGGCGCUCGUCCUCUUCACCGUCGCACGCCGACAUGCUGAACGCUGGCUCGGUAACCAUGGACACGCCGCUGUCAACCAAGAAGCAGCCGUGUGUCUAUGCCGACGGAGGCAAGACCAGCAACUACAAGACUGAGCUGGUGGCUCUGAAGGAGGAGUGUCUGCAGAUGACCAUUCUCAGUGUUAAGAAGUGAAGUCCGCCCACAGCGACAGGUUCAAAGCGGCCAGUUCAGCCAAAUGGACGGUCUUCUACCUCCAUGGUGGGAUUUGUACCAGAACAGGUUGAAGUCAGACGUAAUCAAUCAAGUAAAUUUUCACUUGAAAUAAGUAGAAAAAUCUGCCAGUGGGAAAAGAUUUAUCUAAACGGGCAGGUCGAGGUUUCCAUCGCAGGACGUAUUAACAAGCCAGAGUUAGAUUAAAGUCAACUAAACGUAGUCUGUAACCGUUGUCAGGCUGGAGAACUUCCACGGGAGAAAUCUUCUUUUUUAGGUCCACAGAUUAGCAGAGGAAGGUAAAAGUGCCACCUAACAGCUCAUGUUGGGCAUCAACAGGGUUCUUCAAGCUGACUUUAAUUUGUAAAAACAUUUUAUUUGUAAGGAUCUCGCAUCCCAGUUGGUGUUUUUAGCCUCAGACUGAGAGAUUGUCGGUCUAAAGUCUGCAUCGCUGGCCAACCUGUGUCCCAGCACUGAUGCAGCUAGUUACAAUUAGAGGCAUCUUAAUGAUGCAGGAUUUGACCUGCUGGUGGUUCCAGAGGAAAAGUCUGCAGGUCUCAGGCCAAUGUCAUGCAAAUCCAUCCAGUAAAUUUGACGUCACUGUGGACCAAACUGGGCGACGUGGCAGUGAGCGCUGAGGCGAUGCAUCAACAGGGUUCUGAGUUAAGACCGGGGCCCCUUGAUGUUGGGUUUGCAUGCUCUCCCCUCACCUGUGUGGGGUUUCCGGCUUUCCUCCACCGUCCAAAAACAUGCAUGCUAUGUGGAUACGGCUCCUCAGGUGCGAGUUUGCAUGGUCGUUUGUCUCGUGUGUCUCCAGGUGAGCCUGUGAUGGACAGGUGACCUCUCUAAAGGGCGAAGCCUCUCCUCACCCGAUGGUAGCAGGGGUUGACUCCAGGUCCCUCUGGACUCUGUCAGGGGUUUAAGACAAGGACGGCUGUGGACCAAAUGUGUUGAUUUUCACCACAGCUGACCCAUACUGGUGUGGUUCAUAAAGAUUUCAUCAUCUAUUUGUAAUGUUGGUAUUUAGACCAGUUCUCAACGAGCCAGGAGUCUCUUAUGAUGCCUACAAAAAACCUUUGAAUAUUUAAUAGAAAUUAUUUAAACAGGUUGUCCUCUGCAUGACUUGCUCGGGGACCGAGAAGAGAAACCUUUCACUAAUUACUCAACCAAGGAUUGCUGAUCUGAAAGAUUUGCCACAUUUGUACGAAAUGUCUUUAUGUUGCUUCUUUUUUUUGUGGGAUAAAUUGAAAGCCAUAUUAAGUACCUCAGCUUCUAAACUGUGAUAACAAAAAGGUUUAGAGGAGAAAUGUCUAAUUUACUGUGAGCCAUGUUUUGUUCUUAUUUUUUUUUUAUUUAACAACCACUAAAUCCAGCAAAUGAAUCCCAGUUAACUUAAGAUAUCAAAGAAAAUGAAACGUAAUGCUUUAUAAGGAAAUAAAGCACAAAAGUCUGAUACACCCCAUGUCUUGUCUUUAUCCACGUUUUAAAGACAAACAAUUACUUCCCGGACUCUUUAAGACACAAACCGAGAAUAUGGGAACCUUUUAAACCAUAACAGAUGAAAUCCUUACCAAUACCAUGUCAAACAUCAGUAUUGGCCACGCUCUGUAAAAAGGCUGAACAGUUCUCAGGGAAACAGACCCACGAACGAACAACUUGGCAAAUAAAAGUUUAAUAAACUAACUCAGGGCAAGUCCAGCCCAAAACACCAGCAGGACCGCGCUGGGACUCAAGGAUACGAGGCGGAAUGGCCGGAGCUGUAACCUCACACAUGAGAAAGGAAGGCGAGAAACAAAAAAUAACCACGAACUUGCCGACAGAGGUCCACUCAUAUGAGUUUUCUGAUUAAGAACAUGUCCAAUACUUUGAUAAAAUAACAACACUUGGGGUGCCUAGGACUUUUGCACAACACUGCACACAAAAGAGUCAUUGCCUGGAUUUCAUUGCACAACUAGACAGGAACCUCCAAUGAAAAAGUACUGCGGUUAUUAAUUCGUUUUAGCUCCAAAGAAUAAUUUAACCUUAACUGAUGCAGUCAGUAGCUUCUCCAUGGGUGCAACCACGUCCAAAGAUACAUCCUGUGGCCACGGAAAAGAAGUUGCUUUCGUUUCAGAAGGGUCAGAUUAUCAGUCUGCAUCGAGUUAAACGAAAGGAGACUACUGACGCGACUGAAAAUGGGUUAAGAAUCGUAAAAUAUUAUUAAAACUGGGAAGGUAGCGGUGAACUUUAGAAAAAACCAUUGACUUUUCUUUGAGACUCAUUGAAAGGAGAAAAAAAAGUUUCAUAUUUCUGGAGUGACCAAAGAUUGGGCAGAAGGUCAUCUGGUCUCAUGAGUCCAAAUUUACCCUUUUUCAAACGCUCCCUGGUGAAGUGAUGAGCCGAGUGUGUGGUGGCAGUGUUAUGAUGUGGGAUCGCCUCAGCUGACUGCGGUCAAUCACUGACCAGGUUUUUCCGUUAAUAACCACUCACUCAAAAUGUGGAAGAGUGGUCUAGGGAACAAGAAACCACCACAGAGUCCAGAACUGAACCACAUGCAAGAAUCCUUGGGAUACGGUGGAGAACACCGUACACAGCGGUCCGUCUGGCCCGUCAUCAAACUGAAAUCAGUAAUGUUCCAUUCACUCGAGCCCUAGAACCUGCUACACAGUUCUAAUUCACGUUUUUACUGUGUUUAGUUUGGUUAUUGAGACAGUUUUACGGACAACCACAGCCUCACCUCCGAGGUCGUCGCCUGAACUAGAUACGUCACUGUUUUGUUCAUGAACAUGUAAAGAAAACGUGCUUCCUCCCAAUAAAAUCUGAAUACACCAGCAGUGCACUGCUACAUUUGGAGCUGGUAGAAGACCAACAUUAUUUGUUAUUACUUGACUUAUGGGGCAUCCAUCACAAAGUCUAUCAUCAUAAAAGCAUCCUCGACUGUUCCCUUUUUUUUUUAAAACAUUUCUCUCUCUGUUUUUGUACUUCUGGACUCGUGGUAAUAACAUUUCAUCAAAGCAUCUGUUUACAUUAUUACAAGGCCUUGGUGUGAGAUAACACAUAUUGCUCGUAUAAUUCCCAUCCAGAACGGUGGUUCUGUUUGGUACCAACAGAGAAAUAUGGGACUCCUGUGUUUUGGCAUGAAAGCAUGACUAGAUUCAGUGCUUAUGUGAAGUCAGGUCUGUGCAUCCCCCCGGCUUGCUGCUGUCGCUGUCAGCUCUGCUUUACGUGCCAUUGACAGGACUGCCGUGCUUCCGAACGUGCAUUUGUUCAUCAACGAUGUCUGUGUGAGAAAUAAAUUAUGCAUAUGAACCUUUGCAUCUACUGGUCUUUGUUCAUUUGAUGCUGCAAAGCUGGAUGGAAGCUCUGCAGAAUCAGCAACCCCACGUU